AUUUUUUAACUUUUUAGAGGUUUACUACCACUUAUUAACCACCAGACCACCCCCUCUAUAGAUAGAUAGAUAGAUAGAUAGAUAGAUAGAUAGAUAGAUAGAUAGAUAGAUAGAUAGAUAGAUAGAUAGAUAGAUAGAUAGAUAGAUAGAUAGAUAGAUAGAUAGAUAGAUAGAUAGAUAGAUAGAUAGAUAGAUAGAUAGAUAGAUAGAUAGAUAGAUAGAUAGAUAGAUAGAUAGAUAGAAGUUGCAUAACAGUUAAACCUGCCUCCUUCGUAUAGAUUUUAUUCUGAAAGUGAACCCGGAAGCAGAUGUGUGUUAUUGCGCCUGACUUGUCUCUGCUCUGGUCUCCUCUCCCACCAUGCGGCUGGUGCUGGUCGCGGUCAUCAUGCAGGUGGAAUCUGCGCAGUGUGCUUCAGAAUAAAGAUCUACUAAAGGGAUCUCAACAGCUCCAACUCAGCUGGUCUCCUGACAUCUGCGAGCGCUGAGGAGGAAGCAGCAACAAGCCAUGGAACAUACCGACAAAUUGGAUUUGUUUUCCUUCUGUCCUCGAUCUUAAAUUAGAAAGAUGUUUAAAAUUGCAUUAUGACCCAUCAAAAUUAAUUAUAAAGGAAACAUCGCUCUGCGGGAAAUAAUAACACGCAGUUAUGUUGUUACAAAGUGGUUCUUCUGUUGGCGCAGUCCAGCACAGCUCAGUGGGAGUCACAGAGGAUGUCAUCUAAUCUCGAAGGAAGUGAAAGUCCCAAACAGACCAGAAGGACGUAAUCUUUUGGGGAUCGCUUCUCUUUGAACACGCUGGUGCGAUGGAUGAAGGCACUGCCAGCGACACCAUCCCAGAUCUGAAAGAUAUAGAGACAAAAAUCGGCCGGAAGACCCCCGAAGGUUUGCUCAGGUGGAUGAGAGAAGAUGCGUCCUCUCUCCGGGGAGAAGGCAAACUGGCCACCCGUCAGGACACCAGUAAAGACACUGGGAGGAAGAGUUUGGAUGAAAAGAUUGGCAAACUCAGGAUGGAGAUGGCCUAUCUUCGCUCAGUGGAUGUCAAGAUUCUGCAACAAUUACUGGCAGUCCAUGAGGGCAUUGAGGCAGUAAAAUGGCUGAUGGAAGAGCGCAGCACACUAACCAGCCACUGCAGCAGCCUGACCAGCAGUCAGUACAGCCUCGGCGAGGGCCCAGACACCUCUUGGAGAGGGUCCUGGAGCAGCUUGCAGGACCCCACCAAUGAAAAGCUGGACAACAUUUCCAUUGGCAGCUACCUGGACACCCUCGCAGAUGACAUGGAUGAGUACUGCCCCUCCAGCUCAGAGUCUGUCAUUUGCUCCACCACACCACCGGGUUCAGAAGUUACCCCUGGGAGCAACACAACCGGAGGCUCUAGAGUAUCUGGACCAGGAUCUGCUCUGGGAGCUAGGUCUAAUAAUGGGGUUGGGAAUCGAAUUCAGUCUGGGCCAAGUGACAAGGAAGAAGUGAUAGGGGGACCUAGGGUUAGUGGAUCUGGAAGAUCAGCAGAUCUGGUCAAGUCUUACCAAGUCAAGUCAGACGGCUCCAAAGAAGACAUUUCAGUCCGGACCAAGCCUGCAGAGAUAAAUAAGGGCAGCCCUGUUUUAAAAGACAAUGCCAAAACACACAUGACUAAGGCCAAUUGUGUUCUGGAAAAACCGGCAACACAGACAGGCAGUCCAACUCGCAAAGGCCUGAUUGACAAACGGGGAACCAGCCAGAGUCCCAAAGCUAAACCUUACAAAAACGGAAAGAUCGACUUGGAUACGUGCAAAAUGAACGGCAAAAUGCAUCUGGAGUACGAUGCCCACUGGCAUUGGGUCCAGUCACAAGAAGAUGUGACGUUUUUGUAAAAAAGGGCCCUCACAUGAGAGCCUAUUUGGAGGGAACCACUGUGGUAAAUGUAUAUAUUCAGUGAAACACACUGGGUAUGGUAGACAACAGCAUGUUUAUCAAUCCUUCCCUCUUGUGACUGCACUAACCUUUCUAGAAAACAUUGAUGUCACUAUAUUACACAAUAUUUUGCUUUCCAACGUUUUGGCCAAACCGGGCUGCCACACUCAGAUUUAGGAAAAUGUGUUUGAAAAUUCAGUAACAUAGUUUGUCUCAGGAUAUUUUUGGCAUAUAUUUUUAUUUUCUUGCAGAAAUAAAGCACAGUAACAUGAUUUGCCAGAGAGCUGAAACAUGAUUGCAGAUUCUAUGACAUGGCAGUGGUUUCUAAAUUUUCUUGUUUAUAAAUCUGUGCCUCCUUUAACCCACGAUGAGACUUGUCAAUAAGAAAGUCUGUCCUGUUGAGAAUUAAUUGCUUAUUUUAUAUUGUUUCAUUUCACCAGAUUUAGAUUCAGUCAUAAAAAUCUCUCUCCAGAUUUGUCACAUGACCAUUUGCAGGGGUCCUAUCCCUUGAGAUUGGAGAUUCCGAAAACAAUGGCACUAGUGUAAUUAGAUCUAUGGUAUUUAAGAAGAAAGAAAUCCAGUAUAAAUUAACACCCUUUCUUACAAAAGGCUGGGCGACUGUGGCUCAGUAGGAAGAGUAGUUGUCUUGCAAUCAGAAGGUUGUGGGUUCGAUUCCAGCUUCCUCCUGCCAUAUGUCAAUGUGCCCCUGGGCAAGGCACUUAACCUCAAGUUGCCUAC